AUGGGUGACGAUGGACUGAGGGAUGCCAAAUCGACAAAUGAUGUUCCUUCAUAUGAAGCGUUCUGUGUCCAUCUGAAUCAUGAUCAUCAUGGGCUCUACUUCUACACAUUUGGUGAAAUAGUUUAUUGCCACGAUCAUCAUGCCUCUGCCCUAGUAGCAGGCAGCAUAGGUCCUACCAAGUCGAUUGCCCACUGCAUGAAUAGCCAAGGACUCAUCUGCUGGUGUUGCUCCCUGGCAGGCAGUGCUGGUACCGGCUUGGUGCAAUUUGUGUAUGCUGGGAAUGCUGUGUUGCUAAGCUAUGUAAUGUCUUUUGGGCUUGAUCCUCUCACCAUUGUUAUCUUCUCUACCUUGGCCACUUUCAUCAUCCUAUGUCCCAUUGCUGCUUAUUUUGAAAGAUUUCGAUGUUUGAUGAUACAUUUGUGGCCGAAGAAAAUCAGCUUGAAGUUCAUGAUACGGUUGGUUUUGAUCGCCUUUGGAGGGUUGACUUUGUUCCAGACAUUAUUUCUAAAGGGAAUCCAGUUUACCUCACCAGCAAUGGCAGCAGCCAUGCCAAACCUUUCUCCUGGGUUUAUUUUCGUCAUCGCCUGUACUGUUAGAUUGGAGAGAGUGAAAAUUAGUUGCCUAUACAGCAAAAUGAAGAUUCUAGGCACAAUUCUGUGUGUAGUAGGAGCUAUCACACUGAGCGUAAUGCCAAGCGCCGCCAGUCCUACCAAAACAGAAGCAGGGCCCCAAUUUCGAGCUAGUUCUCGAAUUUCUCUUGAUAAGCAAAAGAUUAUUGGUUGCUUGUAUCUCCUUGCUGCUGUGUUUGUUUUGUCCAGCAAUAUUGUCUUGCAGGCUACAACCUUGGGUGAUUUUCCUCCACCUAUGUCCCUGUGCGCCAUAACAUCUUUGAUAGGAGUGCUUCUAACUGCAGCUGUACAAUAUGUUCAAGAUAACAAAAUAGAAACUGGCUGGCCACUUGUGAGUGCAAGACAAUUGAUUGGCUUCUCUCUACUGGGAGGUGCAGUGAGCGGAGCAUGUGUGAGCUUCAACGGAUGGGCAAUGAAGAAAAGAGGUCCGGUUUUGGUUUCCAUGUUUAACCCCAUUGGAACAGUCUUCUCAGUUGUUCUCUCAGUUAUAACAUUGGGAGAUGCCAUUAGUGUUGGAAGCUUUGCUGGUAUGUGCCUCAUGUUUACUGGGCUCUACUUCUUCCUAUGGGCAAAGGGGAAGGAAGGCUACUUAAAUGUGGUUGACUUAGAAAGUGAGUUUGAUGCAGAGAAGCCUCUAUUAAGUUGA